CGCGAACUGUAUUCCCUUCUGUCAUACUUACGGAUUCCUCGUUGACUCGAUCGAUAUCAUUAUGCCGACUGUUGAAGUCAAGACCAAUGUCAAGAUUGACGACGUCCCAGCGUACAUCCUCAAGUUAUCCAAGUUUUCUGUCGAAACUCUUUCCAAACCUGAAUCUUACAUGAACGUGAUCGUGUCUCAAAAUGUUCCAAUGUCCUUUAACGGAACAUUGGAUCCUGCGUUUCAGUGCACGAUUACCAGUCUUGGAAACAUCAACCCGGACGCUAAUGUGAAAUACAGCGCUGCUUUUUCAAAAUUCUUCGAGGAGACACUGAAGGUACCUAAUGAUCGAGGGUAUAUAACGUUCAUCGAUCCAGGUCGAAGUCAUCUUGGGUAUCAAGGGACAACCUUUGCGGAGCUUUUCGGUGGCAAGAAGUGAGGAACGAAUUAAGAACGAAGAAGAACAGUUGGUAUGAAGGACCAAUGUUUUAUCCUUGUGUGAAUGGUACAUGGUGGUUGACCCAAUAUGCCGACCGUUGAUGCUUGAAGUCCAAUCAAGGCGUGUUUCCCUCUCUCAAAAUGAUCGACCUCAAAUUAUCCAAGACUAGCGUUCAGAUUACGACUGUUUCCAGUCCUCAAUACGUUGCUAGUAAUUUACGAUCACGGAUGUUGGAUUCUGUAUUUCAGUGCACGAGAGUGCGUCCGUAUGGACUUCCUUAGGCUUGUUU